AAAUACUACUGAAAGAAAGAAUCUUCCUUUUCGCUGACUCUCCACUGCUCUCAAUCGACCGCUUAACCUACAGAGAGAGACUACUGAACCAUACGACUUUCAGAGAUCUCUCUCUAUUUUUUGUUUCUCUCUUUCUCUCUGUAGCAUCAAUGGCUAUCGCUUCCUGCUUCUUCUGUGUUCCAACACCCAACACAUCUAUCUCUGAAUCCAAUCUCACAUGGCCUCACCUUGCUUCGUUUCCUAGACUCUCUUCCUCUUCCUCUUUUAACGGUGUAAUCUCUGCAAAGUCCAUCUCUUUUAACCGCCGCGUUCCUAUUACCCCUGUUUUAUCCGCUUCGAUUGAUAACGGCGGCUCUGAUAACAACGGAGGAGGUCUUGGUGGUGGUGGUGGUGGCGAUGGAGGCAAAAAUGAUGGAGAUGGGCACGGUGACGAGGACAGGGAUAGGAACAGGAACGAGGCGAUGCUUUUGUUGAAGGAGUCUGGGACUGGAUUGGAGAGUCUUCCCAAGGAUCUAGCGGCUGCUAUUGAGUCGGGUCGGAUUCCUGGAUCGGUUAUCACUCGGUUCCUGGAGCUUCAGAAAUCGGCUGUGAUGCGUUGGCUGAUGCAGUUUGGUGGGUUUAGGGAAAGAUUGUUGGCUGAUGAUCUCUUCAUGGCUAAACUCGCCAUGGAAUGUGGUGUCGGAAUCUUCACCAAGACUGCUGCUGAGUAUGAACGGCGUAGAGAAAACUUCUUCAAUGAACUUGAAGUUGUCUUUGCCGAUGUGGCGAUGGCUAUUAUUGCUGAUUUCAUGUUAGUUUAUCUUCCUGCUCCUACCGUUUCUCUUCGACCACCUCUUGCACUUACUGCUGGAGGUAUAUCCAAGUUUUUCCACAACUGCCCAGACAAUGCCUUCCAGGUUGCUCUCUCCGGAACCUCAUAUACUCUCUUGCAAAGGCUAGGUGCUAUAACGCGCAAUGGAGCUAAGCUGUUUGCCGUUGGCACCACAUCAUCGCUGGUUGGUACUGCUAUUACAAAUGCAUUCAUAAAAGCACGACGAGCUGUAGACCAGACUUCUGAAAGUGAAGUGGAAACUGUUCCGAUCGUCUCCACAAGUGUUGCAUAUGGUGUCUAUAUGGCAGUUUCUAGCAACCUAAGGUACCAAAUAGUGGCGGGUGUAAUUGAACAACGUCUCCUGGAGCCAAUGCUACACCAACACAAACUUGCACUGAGUGCGUUGUGUUUCGCAGUUAGAACAGGCAACACAUUCUUGGGUUCCUUAUUAUGGGUGGAUUAUGCCCGCCUCAUCGGUAUCCAGAAAUCUCAUUAAAGAAGCAGAACCGGAUGUGCCCGUUUCUGACAUGGUCUUUCGACUUAUGUAUACGCAAACUACUUUUUCUUCAUACGAUUGUUUCUGAUAUUGGGGCCGUUUGAUUGUUCUAUUCUGGUCCUAUUUCUAGAAAAUUAGUCGAUUUUUCAAUGCAAACUAAGGCUAUUUUCACAAACCACAUAAAGACUAUGCAUUUGGGGUUUGAAACCUCUUGAUUCCCCCGAUUUGGGAAUUGAUUUUCCCAACUAUC